GCCUUCAGAGCUAGCCACAUGUUCAUGUUAAAUAGCAGCCAGCAACGCACUGAUCCCUCAGAGCCCGCAGUGUCUGGAUGCAUCUUGGUGUGGAGCAAUGAGGCACGGGAGUGUUGGAGCAGUAGAAGCAGAGGAAUGUUGCUGGAGAGCUUACUUUCAAGGAGAUAGAGAGGAUGGUAUGGUAAACGGCUGUUUUACAAUCCAGGCGGCCAGCCUGGACUCCUUCAGACAGGUCAAUAGAGACUCCAACCGUCAUGUUAAGGUAAAGCAGAAAAGUGCAGUGCUGAACAUGCUAAAGAAGUUGGACAAAAUAAGGUUCAGAGGUCACAAGAGAGAUGAGUUCCUUGAUUUGGCAGAGUCUCCAAAUGCUUCAGACACUGAAUGUGGAGAUGAAAUUCCGGUGAAAAUACCUCGAACGUCAGCUCAAAGCAAUGAAGAGCUGAGAGACCCUGCUGGUCCAGGGACCGUCAUCAUGGCUUCAGGAGUCCAGGAUUUUAACAGAACAGAAUCUGACAGACUGAAUGAGAUCAAAGGUCACCUGGAAAUAGCCUUACUGGAAAAACACUUUUUACAGGAGGAGCUCAGGAAGCUGAGAGAAGAAACAAAYGCUGAAACAUUGAAGCAGGAGCUAGAAAAGGAACGGCAGAGGAGAUUAGAACUAGAACAAAGAGUCAAUGAAGUACUUAAAGCAAGGGCGGAAGAGGUGCCUGCAGCUCAGCAACCUGCAAAGCCACAGGCACAAGCCAAUGGAACAGAUAAGCGUAGUCACACAGUCUGUUCGAGGCUCCAAAAGUGGGUUUCUGACAAAUUUGGGGAAUCUCUUGAGGACUUCAGAUUUCAGCCAGAAGAGAGUACAUUGGAAGCAGAAGAGCCACUUAGUGCUAGAAGGUUGACUGAAAAUAUGAGAAGAUUAAAGAGAGGUGCCAAACCUGUUACAAGUUUUGUGAAGAAUCUUUCUGCCUUAUCAGAUUGGUAUUCUAUCUACACUUCUGCUAUUGCCUUUAUUAUUUACAUGAAUGCUGUAUGGCAUGGCUGGGCCAUUCCUAUGUUCUUAUUUUUAGCAAUUUUGAGGUUAUCCCUAAAUUACCUCAUAGCCAGGGGUUGGAGAAUACAGUGGAGCAUUGUGCCUGAAGUUUCAGAAGCAAUGGAGCACCCAAAAGAGGACCUGACUGUGUCUGAGAAGUUUCAGCUUGUUCUAGACGUGGCUCAGAAGGCGCAGAACCUUUUUGGCAAGAUGGCAGACAUUCUGGAAAAAAUUAAAAACUUGUUCAUGUGGGUCCAGCCAGAAAUAACACAGAAGCUCUACAUUGCUCUAUGGGCAGCUUUCAUUGCAUCSUGCUUUUUGCCCUACAGGAUUAUUGGGCUUGCAUUGGGACUCUAUGCUGGAAUCAAGUUUUUCCUUAUUGAUUUUAUCUUCCAACGAUGCCCCAGACUAAGAGCUAAGUAUGACACUCCUUAUAUCAUCUGGAUAAGUCUCCCGACAGAUCCUCAGCUCAAAGAAAGAUCUAAUGCUACAGUGUCGAGACGGCUUCAAACAGCAACAUCCAGGAAUUAUGYGGGCUCAAGUGCCCCAGCUGGAAUAAGCAAAGAUGAAGAUACAAGUCGUUUUCAUACCACCAAGAGAGGGAAUUUCCAUGAAAUUUUUAACCUGCCAGAGAAUGAACGCCCUUUGCCAGUGUGUGAAAAUGGCUGGCGCUGCUGCUUGAUUAACAGAGAUCGGAAGAUGCCUACUGACUACAUCAGGAAUGGAGUUCUUUAUGUCACAGAGAAUUACCUGUGCUUUGAAAGCUCAAAAUCUGGCUCAUCAAAAAGAAAUAAAGUUAUAAAGCUAUCRGAUAUAACAGAUAUCCAGAAGUACAAAGUGCUCUCUGUUCUCCCGGGAUCAGGGAUGGGUAUUGCUGUAUCGACACCAUCUACGCAGAAGCCUUUGGUGUUUGGUGCCAUGGUACACAGAGAUGAAGCUUUUGAGACAAUUUUCAACCAAUACCUGAAAAUAACAUCUGCAGCAUCUGGCAAUGAAAGCUAGUGUCUUAUCUUGGAAGAGCUAAAGGAAACUUUCCUGUUUUACGACUUGGUAGUGAAAAAAAAUUAACAUCCUCAUCUAUUUUGCAAUAAUUUUUCUUGUCUGGUGGUUUAUAUUCUAUCUGUUACAUAAACCAAGUGUAUUUUAUAUAUGCCUUCAUGUUUGUUUUUAAGGUUUUUGUAAAAAAAAAAGACAAAAAAAACCAAAUGAAACAACACAGUGAAAGUGCUAUCAUCACUAUUAGCCUUGCACAUUAAGCACUUUUAAUGUUUAUUUACUGACAUUAAAAGCUGGGAAGAUACUCCGAGACCUGACUAAAUAACAGAUUGAUCCCUUUAUCUCCACUGAUGUCACUAGGGAUACAUUUGUCUCUUUAUUUUAGCUGUUUUUCCCUGAGAUGGGAGAAUGAUGACUGCAGCAGCCUGAAGUCUCCUUCUUCAGCUUUGAGUUUCUAAUCGGGUCUUUUAGUAAAACUGAUGGCAACACCAAGGAACUAUUAGCAUUUCAGCAUUUCCAUAUUUACAACUGCAUUUUGAAUAACUCCUCCUUGCUAAUUUUUGCAUUACAGAAGGAUGCUUUACUGGUUUGAUUAACUUCAAUUUUUCCUGCAUACACAUGUUUAAAUUGCUUGUACAGUGAAUUGGAGGAGAAAGUUUAUAACUUCAUCUUCCUUUCCUCGUAAACCAAAUAAGRGAAAGGAAGGCAGGCAGAUACUUUU